AUGUGUUCGACAAAAUGUCCACCUGGGAUUUCACUGUCCAAUGAUCUAGUUCUCUCUGAGAUUUUGCCCAUCCAACCACGUGAAUCUUCUGAAUUUGAGUUUUGUGUCAGUGGGUGCUUUGAGUACGAGUCUUCUUCUGCUGAUGAGCUCUUCUUCAAUGGCGUCAUCAUUCCCACGCAGAAUCAUCAAAGGUUUGUACACAAUAAACGAACCCAUCAACGUGAGAGUUCCCCAAUUUUACCUUCCGCACUUCCUCCUCUUCCUCCUGCUGUGGUGAAUGAGAAUUCAAAGAAUACAGAGGAAUUAGUUCAUGUGGUGAGUUCUGAGUCUGAGAAGAAAAGUCGGUCCAAAUCUUUCUGGGGGUUUCGAAGAAGUAAUAGUGUUACUUAUGAUAGUAGAAAGAAUUCAUUUUGCUCUUUACCACUUUUAUCAAGAAGCAAUUCAACCGGUUCAGUUCAAACCCCAAAACGAACGCCAUUGAAGGAUGUGAAAACUCAGAAUCCUAUGCUGCAGAAACAGCAUUCAGUUUCAGAAAGCAAUUCAAAAUCCUCAUUUCUAACAUCCCCAUUUUCAAACUCUGCUUCAAAUUCAUAUUCGAAACUCCAAAAGGCUCAGAAAAAGAAUCAAGGAGGGUUUUAUGGAAGCAAUCUGUAUGUAAACCCCAUCUUGAACGUACCACCUCCUUACAUCACCAAAGAAACUGCAAACAUCUUUGGAUUGAGUUCUUUUUUACGUGGUGGAAAAGAAAAGAAGAGCAGAUAG